UAUGUGUGCUGGUUUGCUUAGCGAGCGCGACAUGCCGUAAACGGAGUACGUGUGUGUGUGUGCGUGUGUGUGUUGGGUGUGUUGCCAACACUUCUGACUUUAACAAAGGCGCCAGAUUUGGAAGGGGCGAAAAAGGAAACGGGUAGAUUUUACAGCUGUGACCCUCUGUAUAGAGCGUCUGUCCCUACAUUGACCACGCAGCCAUAGCGACUUGCGAGUUCCACAUUACAAAAUAUCAACAUAGCGGGCAGCGAGUCUAUUCGAGAGGGCGGGCAGAGCCAGCCAAUACCCACCCCCUCUCCUUUGAUCGCCACAGUCCGUUGAGCUGGCUGGCAGGCAAAGGUGUGACGCCAACACCAAAGCGAAAGUGACCCCUAAGCCUGAUAGAAACACACAGACAUACAUGUGACGUAAAGGCAUAUAUCAAUAUAUUUAUUGAGAGGUCUUUGGAAAACGAUCGUCAGCGCUUGAAGUGGGGGCUUUGAGAUUUAUACAUGUAUUGCUAAGGUCUCAAUGUGAAAGUGGACUCACUGACUACUUCUUGCGUGCGAUAAUAGCUGGUUUUUGCAGUCUAGCUACUCGCCUUUCUGUCGUAUUUUCAUGCCGGCUUGAUCGAUUCUCUAGUCGGGUUCAAAAACCGUGCACUGAGCUUUGGAGACUAUUAAUACUUCGUGAUUGCUACGCUUUUCUUUGUCCUUUAUGAAUCGAGGGACAACAGAAAGAUUUAUUCAAGCGUUACAAGUGGCUAGAGCUAUAGCAUAAAUAAGAAGAGACUGAUUUAAACAAGGGGGAGAGAUUAUUUGACUUUAUUUCUACCUGUACCACCCCAAGUGGUUCGACGUUCCCGCCUUUGGACUUGAGAGUUCAAGGUUCAAGUCCCCCUUUCUUACAGAAGGAAUAAUUUUGUCAAACAGUUUAAGGCUUUGUUAUUGAAAAAAACAGUCACUUUAAAUACUCCCCUCCCCCUGGAAAAUGAGACAGUUUGGUCGUUUCAGGAGAAGAAAUUACAAACUUUUUCUUGGUUGACGAUCAUUUGCUAUAGACAAACUUUUAAAACUUUCAAUCUGGCUGUAGAUUGUGCUUCGUGAAAUCGAACUAAAGGGUUAUCAAUUAAACGUCUCAGGAUAGUCCGCAAAACAUUAUAAUGGCUCACAACAGAGUGUCCCCCGAACCGGGGACCGAGAGAGAAAUCGAGCUGGAAAACCUGGCCGAAGACUUGCAGCUGGAACAGUUCAUCCGAGAGCAGACGAGAGAGGACCUAAAGACACCCGUCCCCCAACCACACAGGCCCGAAGAUGUCCCGUCGCCCACCGACCUCCCGAAAUACAAACAGGAGGACGAUCAUGGACGAAACCAGAACGAUCAACCUGCUACUGCUGCCGAGACUGAAGGUAUGCGGUCUUUCAGCCCUGCUCAAACAUCGCUCACACCUGUGGGAGAUAUCGAGAGGUUUGACGACAACAAUUACUACAGUGGGGUGAAGAAAGUUGUGGUCGAUGAUGAUGAUCAUGGUGAUAAAAAGACCAGCUUGACGAGCUUGAGUUACGGCGAGAAAGAUUACCCGGACGAUUUUGAAAACGGGGUUGACCAAAAAAAUAUAAAUGCAGCUGACAGCAGCAAUGGUGAUUACAAGAAAGGUGGUGGUAUUGUUGGUGGUGUUAAUGGUGAUGAUGAGGAGGUGGGACAAGGUAAUAUUAGUAGAGAUAGCGACGGUGGUGGUGGUGGUGGUAGUGGUGAGUAUUUGGCGGGGAAAAAAGGCCUCCCUCCCCUCUCUCAGGACCACGGCAACAAUAACUCGUCCACAGUCGCCGCAGCCGCAGUGGUACAACAACAGCAAACGCCGAGGCUCUUGCCUCCCAUAGGCCAGACAAGCGUGGACCACGCCGAUGAUCCUUCUUCUUCUUUCUCUACCUCUACCUCUCUCACCCCCGCUGCUACCACCACCACUGCCCACACUGCCACUACCGCAUUCGCAAACCAGGCCACCACCUCUUCUUCUUCCUCUGGCGAGGGGCCUGGAACGGAAGAAAAUACCGCCGCCUGGGCUCAAACUGAACCUCCACCACCUCCACCCGGCGCGUAUCAACGACGACAACAACAGCAGCAGCAGCAGCAGCAGCAACAGUACGAUAUUACUAUGAGUAGUGGAGGACGUCCGAAUUCAGGGAUGGCAGGGAAGGACAAUAGCGUGAUUGGAGGUGAGUGGAGUGGAGAUUGCUAGGAUCAGAAAUUACAUUUUUAGAA